AUGGCUUUGGACCCCUCACAACAGCAGCGGUUUGGCCCCGGGCUCAGCUUUGACUACCAAGCCCACGCCCAGCCGCCUGCGUUCUCCAACCCUUGGUCAUCUUCCUCGUCGCCGCAGUCUGUUCCCGCCGCCGCUGGCCCAGGCAGUACUCUGUUCAACGUUCAUGGACAGCCCAGCAUGCCUCCCGUCCUGCUGCCUGGCAAGUCCAUUCCCGGCCGUGCCAGCACCGGAAGCGCCUCGUCCAUGACGUCGUACACCUCGAUGCCCUUGGGAUCUUCUGCCAGCAGCCACAACCCGUCGUCAGCCAGUCUCAGCAUGCACCACGACCUGUUGAACCCCAACCAAGAUAUUCUUAUGAACCGCAUGCAAACCUCGGCGGCGUCGUUUGGUGAAGCCAGCUACGCCACGUCGGCGUCGCCUGUCAAUGGUCACUUUGCACCGCCAGCAUCCGGGCCAUACGAGGCCAUGGGCUACACACCAGCUCCAGCUCGCCCACACCCUUUCCCCAUGAGCCACGAAGAGGCUGCUCGCAGAUUCUCGCAAGCUCCGAUGCCUCCUACCGAGGACCGACGCGCGUUUGCUGACGCUCUCGACGCCAGCCACGGCAUGCUGGCCAUGAGCCAGGACACGCCGAGAAACAUAUACGGCGGUCGCAACGACCGCUCUUCUGUUGAUUCCUACGGGUUUCCGUCGACGCACUCUACGAGCUCGUCGAUAUCAUCUACUGGUAACAUUAGCUCCUACUAUGGCGACUCGGUGUCCGAUUACUCAACUGCUGGAUCAGACAUUGAAUCGAGGACGCUGCCCCGCCCGCAAGGCCUCCUGGGCGCUCCGAUGCCGCCUGCACCGCAAUCGAUGAUGGGCCAGUUCAGCUCCAAGGUCUCGUCGAGCACGCAGAAGAAGCACAAGUGCAAGGUUUGCGACAAGCGCUUUACCCGCCCAAGCUCGCUGCAAACGCACAUGUACAGCCACACGGGAGAAAAGCCUUUUGCUUGUGACGUGGAAGGAUGUGGCAGACACUUUUCUGUUGUUUCCAACCUCCGACGCCACCGCAAGGUUCACCGUGGCGAUGCCCGCUCAGAAGCCGGCUCCGAAGACCAUCACUCCGACUAG